ACUCUUUAAGCAAGCAUGCCCAUCAAAGCUCUGUUUAAUAUUUUUUUGGUAUAAUUUAUGUUAGUUAAUCUAUGGUUUUUGGAUGUGUGAAUUCUAGUAAAAAUUUCCAUAUUUGUAUAUGUAUAGAUGUUAGGUGACCAGUCGUGUGCAAACCCAUAAUCACCUUGAGAAGGCCAUCUAUAUAUAAAUCACACUAAGUUCUUCGAAAUUAUUCAUUAGCUUAAUUAAGAUUUGUUAGCUAAGUACACGAGAUAAUUAUAGUACUAUUCCAUGUCUUCAAUAGCUUCUACCUCCUUAUUCAUGGCCAUAUUGAGUUUGGCUCUUCUGGUACUCUUCACGGGGAGUACCAGUGCUCAACUUUCAUCACCUGAUUUUUACUCAAAAUCUUGCCCUAAUCUCUUCCCCACAGUAAAAUCCAAGGUGCAGUCCGCUAUUGCCACGGAGACCCGAAUGGGUGCCUCUCUCCUCCGCUUGUUCUUCCACGAUUGCUUUGUCAAUGGAUGCGAUGGAUCAGUGCUUCUGGACGACACAUCUAACUUCGUGGGUGAGAAAAGUGCGAAUGCCAAUCGAAACUCAGCGCGGGGUUUUGAUGUCGUUGAUGACAUCAAAUCUGCAGUCGAGAGUGUGUGUCCUGGUGUCGUUUCAUGCGCUGAUAUAUUGGCUAUUACUGCUAGAGACUCUGUUACCAUUCUGGGGGGUCCAAGUUGGGAUGUGAAAUUAGGAAGAAGGGACGCCAAAACCACUAGCAAAGCAGCUGCAGACAAUGGCAUUCCACAGCAAUCUUUCAACUUAAGCAGCCUGCUCUCUAGAUUCAAUGCCCUUGGCCUUUCCAACACUGACUUGGUUGUUCUGUCUGGAGCCCAUACAAUUGGAUUAGCAAGAUGCACAUCGUUCAGGCCCCACAUAUACAACGAGAGCAACAUCGAUAGUUCUUUCGCAAGAACAAGGCAAUCCAAUUGCCCCAGCACCAAUGGCACAGGUGACAACAAUUUGGCCCCACUCGAUCUCCAAACCCCAACAGCCUUCGACAACAAGUACUUCCAAAACCUUGUUCAGAAGAAGGGACUCCUCCACUCCGAUCAAGAACUAUUCAACAAUGGAUCAGUCGACUCCAUUGUCCAGUCCUACCUCAACAGCCAGACCAGCUUCUUCUCCGACUUCGCCUCCGCCAUGGUCAAGAUGGGAGACAUCAGCCCCCUCACUGGAUCAUCCAAUGGAGAGAUUAGGAAAAACUGCAGAAGGGCCAAUUAGAAGACAAUGAAUAAGCUUGCGUGCCCCUACCUAAUUGUGUGUUGUUAAUUUUCCUUGUUUCUUAAUAUAUAAUUCUAAAAAAAAAAUAUUAUUGAAGGGUUCGUACUUCGAAGUAGGUUUUGGGUUUGAUUAUUGUCAUAUAUUUGUUCUUUUAAGUGUAAGCGUAACAUGACAUGAAGCGUAUGUAGUAGUUAUAUUGGUAUGAAGCUCAUGUGUGGUUGGUUUCAUAUUAAUAUAAUUAUUCUCUGUGUAUUUCUUCAAGGUUCUUCGUAAUGUAUACCCUUUUAAGUGAUUUUUUUUUUUCUUUUGGUCAUGAACC